AUGUCAGACGACAAGAAGAAUGACGAUUAUGCCAUGGAGACGCCCUCGGGCGGCAACGAAUAUCGCGCGGCAUCCCCACCAUCGCGCCCCGCCCCCAUUCUCAAACCCACAUCGAUCACAGAGAACCCCGUAGCGGCCAUUCUGGGUUACUGCGGAUCCUCGAUUCUGAUGACCGUAACGAACAAAUAUGUCCUCUCUGGCGUCGACUUCAACCUAAACUUUUUCCUUCUCUGCGUCCAGUCGAUAGUAUGCGUGGCUGCCAUCGCGAUAUGCAAGGCAGCCGGCCUCAUCACCUACCGCGACUUCAACACCGACGAGGCCAAGAAAUGGUUCCCCAUCUCUCUCCUCCUCAUCGGCAUGAUCUACACCAGCACAUGGGCACUAAAGUACCUCUCCAUCCCCGUCUACACCAUCUUCAAGAACUUGACCAUCAUCCUGAUUGCCUAUGGAGAGGUCCUCUGGUUCGGCGGUGCGGUCACACCCAUGGCACUCUUCUCCUUCGGUCUCAUGGUUCUGAGCUCCAUCAUCGCCGCUUGGGCCGACAUCCAGCACGCUCUGUCCAGCAUGGGACAGUCUGGUGGCGGCAACACCGACGCCAUCACAACCCUGCAUGCUGGAUACCUGUGGAUGAUGUUCAACUGCCUGUGCACGGCCACCUACGUUCUCGGCAUGAAGAAGCGCAUCAAGCUCACCAACUUCAAGGACUUUGACACCAUGUAUUACAACAACCUUCUCACCAUCCCCGUCCUCUUUGUCGCUUCCAUCCUCAUGGAAGACUGGUCGCCUGCCAACAUUGAGAAGAAUUUCCCCACCGACAGACGCAACACCGUCAUCUCUGUCAUGAUCAUCUCGGGUCUUUCCACCGUCUUCAUCUCUUACAGCUCUGCCUGGGCUGUCCGUGUCACUUCUUCCACGACAUACUCAAUGGUCGGCGCCCUGAACAAGCUUCCUAUCGCCCUCAGUGGACUCAUCUUCUUCGACGCACCUGUCACUUUCGGCAGUGUAUCUGCCAUCUUUGUUGGCUUCGUUAGUGGUCUCGUGUACGCUCUGGCCAAGGUCCGACAAAAUGCCAAGCCAAAACAUGUCCUACCAGUCAGCAACGUUCCCCUCAGCGCAAGCAGCCAAAGCAUGCGUGAUAGCUUAAAGGCCUAA